GAAAAUUUUUUGAAACGGACUUUUAACGAAUUUUGUGAUUGCGGUUGCACAAUUUUCAAAAAAUUAAUCAUUUUCCAAUUUUUUCAAGUUACUUCUGUUUGCUUUGCGUUAUUUCUUGAGUAUUCGUCAAAAAUAUCGACGUAUUCUCCAAAACUCCAACUUACUGUUGCAGCACCGACACCGCAAAUCUUCCGAGUGGUAUUCGAAUUAGUCAUUCAUAUUCAUAUUGCUGAGCCAUCGAUUCCGUUGAGGCCAAAUCAUGUCUAACACAAGUCAGAAACACCGUAACUUCGUUUCGGAGCCGAUGGGUGAAAAGCCAGUAACCGAAUUAGCCGGAAUCGGAGAUGUCUUAGGAACUCGACUGGAGAAAUUAGGAUUUGAUAAAGCUCAUACCGUAUUAGGACAAUUUCUCGUGUUGAAAAAAAACAAAGAAUUGUUUCAAAUAUGGAUUAGAGAUCAGUGCGGAGCCAAUGGAAAACAAGCCGGAGAAUGUUAUCAGUGUUUAGCUGACUGGUGUAAUGAAUUUUUAUAGCUGCUGUAUUUCUAAUUCCCCGAAGUGUGUUUGAUUCCUAAAGUUUCUCAUUUUUUUAAUUUUCAUUUUAUUCGAGUAUUUUGUUUUGUGUGACAUGGUAUUCAUAUUGUAAGUUGAUGUAAUGAGUCUUUUUUUUCGUUUUAAAUUAGGUGAAUAAAUUAUUGUGAUUACGUUGAAGUUACGUCUUGUUCAUGUGUAUUGAAGUAUUACGUGCAUGACUUUAUUUUACAGACGUUUUUCCUUUGUUACCCUAUAUUUAUUGUAUUAACAUUGACUAAGAUAUCGGUAAUUAUUUUCUAACGUGCACUAUAUUUUUGAAGUAAAUUUAUUUUUUAUUA